GCUCAAGACUGCCCGCCUUCAGUCUGGGCACAUCCCCAAAUCCCAAGGCCCAAACUACAUUUCCCGGAUGCCUCCAGGGUGGACCCAGCCACUAUCCCGCCGCUCAAAUUGUGCUGAAAAGCCUGGGCUGCAGUGUUAUGGCGUUCCGGACUGAGGACUACACUUCCCAGCGGCGUCCAGGUUCAGGGAAAAAAUUCUCAGCUGAAAGUUGAGCACCCAGCGCGACCAGGAUUGUGGGUCUCUGAGGGCUGAACCGCCCAGGUCUGGACGACUCCUAGUUUGUGGCGUGGUGGAGAGUAGUCCUUUGCUGGCCCGGCGCUCAGAGCCCUGCUCCUUGUGGAGAGAACUCUGGACAGUCGGUUUCCCGGCUUUUAACUACAGUUUUUAGAGAUCUCUGGGCAUCUCCAAGUUUGGGGCGAAGACUGUUGGAGACGGUUUAACUUCUGGGUCAUCCUGGUGGAGGACCGCUCCGCCCUUUCCCAAGCUGUGGGCUACAUAUCUGAGAAGCCUUGAGGGUCCACCACCUGUUCUUAAUCCUCAGCAGCCACCUCGCGCUACCCAGACCUGUCGGGUCGCCCAGAUCCUCGGAGGAUGCUCAGGUGUACUGGGUGAUCAGCACUGAGCUUCACUAAGGCUUGGGCUGCGAGUCGGCGGAGAAGCCUGAGCCGGCCGGACCCUCGCUGGAUUUCCCUCCGGUGGACUACAUUUCCCUACGGCUCCGCGGCAUAUCCAUUUACAGCCAGAGUUGGCUGGCCUGUGAAUCCAGAACAGGAGGAAAGAAGAGCCGCUGUGCAUCAAAAGCCAUGGCAGAGGGCUUGAAGUUCGAAGAUGUGGCCAUUUUCUUCUCUCAAAAGGAGUGGGAAUGCUUGCACUCUACCCAAAAGGAUUUGUACCGAGAUAUAAUGUUGGAAAAUUAUAACAACCUGAUCUCACUGGGACUUUGUUAUUCUAUGCCAGAUGUGAUCUCCUUAUUGGAACAGGGGAAAGAGCCCUGGAUUGUUAAAAGGAAGGAGGCAAAAGAAUGGUGCCCAGAUUGGGAGUCCAGAAGAGAAACCAAGAAUUUAUCUCCAAAGGAGGGUAGUUAUGAAAUUAAAUCAUUGCAACCAAAGAUAACAAAAAGACCUAUAAGUUCUAACCUUGUGUGUACUAGGGUCAAAGAUAAUAGUGAAAUCAAAUGCUACUUGGAGAAACAACAGGAUGGACAUUUCAAAUCAGUGGUAAUGACCUCUGAAGAAAGGUCUGCUUCUAUUCAGUGUACAGUCAAUAGACUACCUCAGAUAAUUCAUACUGGAGUGAAAUGUGAAUUCAAGGAAUGUAAGGAAGCUUUCAGUUACCAAGCAUACCACCUCCAACAUGAACGCAGUCAUAAUAAGGAAAAGAGCUCUAAAUAUGGAGACUAUGAUAAAGCCUUUAAUAGUAGAUCAGACUUGAUUAAGCAUCAGAGAAUUCAUAAAAGAAAGAAAAGUAAUGAACAUGAGAAAUGUGCCUUUAUUCAGGACUCUGAAAUUACUAAACCUCAGAGCAUUAAUACUGGUGAGAAAGCUCAUAAAUGUAAGGAAUGUGGGAAAGCCUUUCAUUCUAGCUCACAACUUACAAAACAUCAAAGGAUUCAUAUUGGUGAGAAACCCUAUAAAUGUAAGGAGUGUGAGAAGGCAUUUCCAUCUACCUCACAACUUAAUUUACAUCAGAGAAUUCAUACAGAUGAGAAAUACUAUGAAUGUAAGGAAUGUGGAAAAGCCUUCACCCGUCCCUCACACCUUUUUCGACAUCAGAGAAUCCAUACAGGUGAGAAACCCCAUAAAUGUAAGGAAUGUGGUAAAGCUUUUCGUUAUGAUACACAACUUAGUCUUCAUCAAAUAAGUCAUACUGGUGAAAGACACUAUGAAUGUAAGGAAUGUGGAAAGGCAUAUAGUUGUGCCUCUCAACUGAAUCUGCAUCAAAGAAUUCAUACUGGUGAGAAACCUCAUAAAUGUAAGGAGUGUGGGAAAGCUUUUAUCUCUGAUUCACAUCUUAUUCGACAUCAGAGUGUUCAUACUGGUGAGAAACCAUAUAAAUGUAAGGAAUGUGGGAAGUCCUUUCGCCGUGGCUCAGAACUUAUUCGACAUCAGAGAGCUCACAGUGGUGAGAAACCCUAUAAAUGUAAGGAAUGUGGAAUGGCUUUUACUUGUAGCACAGAACUUAUUCGACAUAGAAAAAUUCACACUGGUGAGAGACCCCAUAAAUGUAAGGAAUGUGAGAAGGCUUUUAUACGAAGGUCAGAACUUACUCAUCACCAGAGAAGUCAUACUGGUGAAAAACCAUAUGAGUGUAAGGAAUGUGGGAAGGCCUUUGGUCGUGGCUCAGAACUUAAUCGACACCAGAAAAUUCACACUGGUGAGAAACCUUAUGAAUGUAAGCAAUGUGGAAAAGCCUUUAUUCGUGGCUCACACCUUAGUCAACAUCAAAAAAUUCAUGCAGCAUAGAGGAAUGAAUGAAGACAUGAGGGACAGUUCAGAAUUUAAUUGUAAUCUGAAGUUCAUACUAGUAAAAUAGAAACAAACAAAAACCCCUGUGAUUAUAAGGAAUGUGGGAAAGCAUUUGAGGAUAACAAUUUAAUAUCAGAGUUUGUACUGUAGAUAUAAAGUCUUUAUUUAAGGGCCAGAAUUUAUUGAGCAUUUGUUACUGAUGAGAAACCUUAUAAAUGUUAGGAAUUGGAAGCAUUUAUUUGUGUUUUCAAAUUAAUUUGAUAUCAGUUCAAUUGGUGCAAAAGCAAAAACCUUCAUGAAUGUAAGGAAAGUGUGAAGGCAGCAAAUGUGUUA